AUGAGUAUACAUACUCAAUUAGAAGAUUUGUCCAAUGAAAUAUUCUUUGAAAUAUUUGAUUAUUUACAUAUGUUUGAUAUUUUUACUGGUUUUAGUUUAUUGAAUAGACGAAUAUCAUCUAUUUUACAAUCAAUUCCACUUCAUAUUGUAAUUACAAAUGAAUAUUAUCGUCGUCAUAUUGAUUUUCUUUCUUCUCAUCUUACUUUUCAUGAACAUCAAGUUAUUUCAAUAAAUAUAUCGGAUAUUAUUCGUGAUGAUUCAUAUAUAAUUAGGUUAUUAUUUAAUCGCCAUAAUUUUCCUAAUCUAAAAUCAUGUAAACUUCUAUCAAUUGAUUCAAUGACUAAACUUGGUGAUAUUAUUAAACAAAUAGAAAGUUUUAAUAGACUUGUUAUACUUGAAAUUUUCCAACCAGAUCAUCAGGACUUGAAUGAAAAUAAUAAUGAUGAAUUGACUCAAAUAAUAUUAACACACAAAUCAUCUUUUCUUCGUUCAGUUGACCUUCAAUAUCCUUAUCAUUACUUAGAUCUAUCAAAUUAUCGAUGUAUACCUUCAAAUCUUACAUCACUUAAUAUACGGAUUGCUGGAUCACCUUCAAACGUAUCUGUUCAUUCAGUUAUACGAGUUUUUCGUCUUUGUCAUCAAAUAAAAUAUUUGUGCAUUGUAUUAUAUAAUGAAAAACGUUUUAAAAACGAUAAUACUAAGUAUAUUUCAAAUUAUCUAUCAUCUGUGAUUGAAAAUGAUCUACCAAUAUUAUCAUAA